CAAGCGCAAUUCAGUUCAACUCCGUCCUUUGACUUGUUAACACUGAUGUUAUAUGUGAACCUAUAAAAAGUGUGUGUGGUCAAUAUGAGUUCGAAUGGUCAUUCGUUUUUGGACAGAGUCCUGCAAAUAGUCAAGGACGAGCGAUGUUCUGACAAGCCCUUGAUCCAGUUUAAACAUCCUGAAGAGUUGGAAAAAAUCGUUGACUUGGAUAUAAGUGAAGGCGUGAAGGACGGAGAAUUGGAGCAAUGUGUUCGGAAUGUUCUGGAAUUCAGCGUGAAAACAGACAGACCGACGUUCAGGAACCAGCUGUAUGGUGGCUGCGACCCAUACGGGCUGGCCGGUGCUUGGAUUGCGGAGGCCUUUAACACGAGCCAGUAUACGUUCGAAGUGGCACCUGUCUUUACACUAAUAGAAUUAAAAGUCGUUCGUCACAUCCUGGAAUUAUUCGGAAUUCCAGAGGGAGACGGCAUAUUCAGUCCUGGAGGGAGUAUGUCAAUGUUAUACGCCUUGGUGGCUGCCAGGUUUAGAGCCUUCCCCGAGGUUAAAACCAAGGGGAUGAGAGUUCUACCUGAAAUGGUCAUAUUUACUUCGGAAGAUAGCCACUACUCAAUCAGAAAAGCAGCACAUUGGCUCGGUUUUGGCACAGAGAGCGUUCACACAAUAAAGACCAAUGAAGACGGUCAAAUGAUCGUAUCUGAACUAGUCAAAGCAAUAAAAGAACAGAGGAAAUUGGGAAGACAUCCAGUAAUGGUGAAUGCCACGGCGGGCACCACAGUACUAGGAGCAAUUGAUGAUCUUGGAGCUAUAGCUGAGGUGUGCAGAGAGAACGGAGUUUGGAUGCACGUUGAUGCAUGCUGGGGUGGGAGUUUAAUGUUGUCGCCUAAAUUCAAGGACAGAUUGAAAAUGGAUCAAAAGCCCGAUUCCAUAGCCUGGAAUCCCCACAAGAUGGCUGGCGCGCCGCUGCAGUGCUCUGUGUUCCUGGUGCGCCACCGCGGGCUGCUCCACGAAGCUAACUCAGCGGCCGCCAACUAUCUGUUCCAGCAAGACAAGUUCUAUGAUGUCAGCUAUGAUACAGGGGAUAAGAGUAUACAGUGUGGCAGGAAGAUAGACGCCUUCAAACUGUGGACGAUGUGGAAGGCUCGUGGUGAUGCUGGGCUCGCGUUUCUCGCAGACAGGACCAUGGGCAUUGCUGAGUAUUGUAUGACUGAAGUAUCGCGGAGGCAGGGCUUCAGGUUGCUGACAAGGAUUCUCCAAUGCCCUAACGUAUGUUUCUGGUAUAUACCUAGCUUCAUGAGAGACAAGGAAGAAGACGAGCGAUGGUGGGAACUAAUGCAUAAAAUCACGCCUAAAAUCAAAGAGCUGCUUACUCUGAGCUCUCGGCUCAUGGUGGCCUACUCUCCACUACGACACCACAAGAAUUUCUUCCGACUCGCAUUCACUUUCCACCCGGCAGUGGAAGGGAGUCAUGUGGUAGAAAUGCUGGAUGCAAUACAGGAGUGCGGGGAAAAGGUCACUUUGGCGAUGUUGCAGUGAUUUUAAAUUAAAUAUAUUUUUAUCAUUAUUUUAUUUAGUUACUAUUUGAUAUAUUGUAUUAUUAGCGAAUCUAUGUUAAUACAAUUAGAAUUAAAUGGAAUUUAUAUUUUAUGUAUAGUACUAUUUUUGUAUGGUAGUAUUCUACGAAAGAAGGCGUAGAGAAAUGUGAAUAAUAUUCAGUGUUUGAAAGAGUGAUCCCUAAUCUUCCAAUUAAAGAUUUUAAGUUUCAACUACUCUGAAUGAAAAUUAAAAUGAGAUUUAAAAAAUCAUAUCACAAAUUUCCUAACAUUUAUUUUUGUUUUUGUAAAGGUCACUAUGGUAAAGCUAGUGUAUGAAUGUUUGCUCUUAUAUUAUUGUUAUGUCCUACAUCGAGAUGGAAUGACGGACGGGUGUAAUUUAUUGCGACGUUUAAUAAAUUGUUACUUACAUUAUUUCGUUCGUUAUUAAAUUUAUGAAUUGAUAUUCUUGAAAUAUUGAAACAGACGAUAUUAUCAAAUGUAUUUUUAUAACUGCCAAUAAGAAUAAGUGUUGAAUUUAACGACGUUACCAGAAAAAAUAA